UAAUCAACCGCUCGAGUGGGUUUUGCUGGUCUAAAUACACCGGCUAAAAUUAGCGACAUUUUUAUGUAAAAAUAAACAAUAUGCAGAGGAAUAUAUCUAAUUGCGUGCUGCAAGUUUGCAGAAAGCAAACUUUGCAAAGCAUCCCAAAGCCAAGAAUAAAUAACGUGUCGUAUAUUGCAGCAAGAAGAGGUCUGCAUGCACUUCGGUCAAUCAGAUUUACUGACCAAUCAAGAAAUUCCUCCAAACCAAUCAUAUUCAGGUUGUCUAGGCGACUAUAUUCAAAUGAAGACUUGCCUAAGCAUUAUAUUAUUCCAUUACCUGCUCUUUCUCCAACAAUGGAGAUGGGGACAGUAGUGAGGUGGGAGAAGCAAGCAGGUGACAGUCUCAGUGAAGGUGAUGUAUUGUGCGAGAUUGAGACAGACAAGGCAACAAUGGGCUUCGAAGCACCGGAGGAGGGAUACUUAGCAAAGACCUUUGUCGAAGAGGGUACAAAGGAUGUCCCCAUCGGAAGGCUCCUUUGUAUAAUAGUUGAAAAUGAGGACGAUGUGGCUGCAUUCAAAGAUUAUCCUGAUACUGGCAUGGUAACAGAGGGCGCUCCAGAAGCAAAGGAUUCAUCUCCUCCACCACCACCUACACAACCAGCUGCACCUGUUUCUACACCACCACCGCCAUCGCCACCACCUGUGGCAGCACCCCAACCGCCACCAGUCCGCCAACAACCAAUUCAACCUGCAUCAUCAGGGGAAAGAGUUAUUGCAAGCCCCUUGGCAAAAAAGAUAGCUUCAGAGAUGGGAAUUGAUUUGCAGGCUUUGCAGGGAACUGGUCCGGGUGGUAGAAUUACUAAGUCAGAUGUGGAGGGUUAUGUACCUCAGCAAAUACCAGUCAGCACCACAGCCCAAGCAACACCGAUGCCAAUCACUACAGCUGACUAUACAGACAUCCCACUUUCCAACAUCCGAAAGACCAUAGCAAAGAGAUUGUUAGAGUCGAAGCAGACAAUUCCACAUUACUACCUCACUGUUGACGUUGAGAUGGACAAUGUACUACAAUUAAGAAAAGAAUUGAACUCCAUCUUGGAAGCUAGCGGUGAUAAACUCUCAGUAAAUGACUUCAUCAUUAAAGCUUCUGCCCUUUCCUGUAUGAAAACUCCGGAAGCCAAUUCCUCGUGGAUGGAUGAUAAAAUACGACA